AACCAACCACUGCGUGUCUGGGUCCCUCCCUCCCCCUCCCCCUCCCCCUCCCCGUGCUCCCCUGCCAAAAUCCGUCGAUCCUGGCGGCGAUUCAGGAGAGACCCGGACCCGAGCCUCACCGGCGGGUGGAUGGAGUUCACGGCGAUGAAGCGGAGGGAGCUGCUGGAGCUCUGCCGGCAGCACGGCCUCGCCACCCGCGGCUCCAACGCCGACCUUGCCGCUAGCCUCGCGGGUGCCAUCUCGGGCGCAGCUGCUGCAGAGAGUGUGGUUGAGGUGGUGGUGGCGAAGGGGUGUCUGAAGCGGCUUGGAGGUAGUGCUAGUGGUGUUACUUCCGGUGCUACCAAGAAGGUGCGAUUUGCAUUGGACGAAGAGUCAGAGGAGAGGGCAAGAAGACAGAGGUCCCAGGUGAUUUUGCAUCCAGUUGUUACCAAGAGAAGAGGGAGGAGCAAAGCCAGGAAGAUACAUCCUGCUGCAGCAGUGAGUGGAAGAGGUUGCCAGUGGAAGCGUGAUGAUGUUGGUGGUGAUUCUGCUGAUAAAGAUGUCAUAGGAGAGGUGGGAGCAGAUGCCCCAGUGACGUGGUCCACGAUGAAAGCGGUGUGUUUAUGUCCUCUUAGUGGGGUAAGUCAGAAUAAUCCUGCUGAGGCUGAGAAAGAAGGGGAGGUGGUUGAACCAGAUAUUGAUAGGAAGUGGAAGCGGAAGACCCAUGAGAAUGCUGAGGUAAUUUCUGCCAAUGCUCAGGCUGCAGGAAACAAGUGGAGGAAGACAAGGGGUAAACCCAAGGCUGAAGAGGCACGCCCUGAUACAGUGGUGAGCCGAAGGGGUAGUUGGCAGAAGUGUGACGCUGGUGGUGGUUCUGUUCAUCACUGUCCUUUUGGAGAGAGAGGUGCAGAUGAUCCAGUGACACAGUCAAGGACAGAGGCGACAAAUUUGUGCCCUGAAAGUGGAGUUGAAUCUCAGAAUAAUCCUGCUGAGACUGAGGAAGAAGGGCUGGUGGUGGGAACAGCUAUUGAUAGUUGGAAGCAGAAGCGGAAGCGGAAGGCCCAGGAGAUUACCGAGGGUAUUUCUGCCAGUGCUCAGGGUGCAGUUUCUCAUGGAAGCGUGAGGAAGUCAAGCUUGUCUGCAGCUGCUGUUCUGUUGUCUGCUGGUGUUGAGAAUAAGAGAUGGAGGGGUAAAGUACGGAAUGGUAAGGAUGAACUUGGUGUUGAGGAGCAGACUGCUCAAGUUCAAGAUUUGGCCACUGCAGUGUCACCAGUUGACAUAGAAAAUGAAAGAAGUAGGAGGAACAGUGAAGAUUGUGUUCCUGCUGUGCAGAAAUCUGGCAGGACCACAAGAUCACACUCAGUAGCAGCUGCUGAGAUAUUGCCCCUAGUCACUGGAAACAAGGUGAGGAAAGCAGAACAUGUGCUCCCAGAUGGAGAGCUACCUGCAAAUUUGGAGGUUCCUCGAAAUGAUGCUCCUGUUACCAGGUCAUUGAGGAACAGAAUUGUUCAGGUUUACUCCACUGUGGUGGAAGAAACACAUGUUGGAGAGAAGCUUGAAGACAAGAGGAAGACCGGUAGACCAUCUACUCGCAGGCAUCAGCAGCUUGUGUCUUCUGUAAAGGAAGAACAAGUUGCUGCUCCCUGUGACCUCCCUCCACUAAAGCAGUUGAUGAGAAACCAUCUUGAGGGUGAUGAAUUGUUAAGUAAUGCAAAAUUAGAGACCAAGUUGUGUAGAUUACCAGUGGCCAAGGACUUGAAGAUAGUUCACCCAUUGACAUUUAAUACUGCUAAUACCAGUGUGAAUGAUUUUGUGGCGAAGGCAGAAAAAAAGCUAGGUUACACAAAGAGGAGCAGCGGUGAUAAGAGAAAAAAUGCUGGAGUUUCAUUAUAUGGUGACAAUGGUAGUAAGGCUCCAGCUGCAAAAAUGGAAUUAGGAGUGCAUGAUGAAAGGACCACAUGCAUGCAUGAAAGUGUUGGUGGUGAGGAGUUUCAAAGUGCCAAGGGUGGAGAUGUGGGUAAGCAACCAGCAAUAAGGGGACCUGUUAGGCGAUCAACACCUAGGUGUGUGGUGGUGGGUCAAAUCUGAGGCAGCCUUCUCGUUGAUUGGAUCCAUCAUCCCUACGCUCCACCACCCGGAGUUCAUGGAGGCAGGUGGCUUUUUGUUAGCUUAACCAGGGUCUUCUGGGGGCUAGAUUAUAAGGUCAAUCACAUCUUGAACACAUCGAUGCGCUGGCGUACUCUUUGAGUUCUUUUGGUGCCUGCUCUCAGAAAGAGAAUUUCUGAAAGAAGAGGUUGAAAUAGUAUAUGUAAUGUCUCCUUAGCCGC